AUUUCCCACGUACAUGCAAUUCAAGAAAAUGUCAUCCCUUCUUUCCCCCGUACACUCUUCUUCUACUUCAAUUGAAUACCUACAAAUGGCAUCACAAACCUUCACCCCUUUUGUGCUCAUCAAUUGCCGAUAUUCAAUAAUCCCAAAUUUGAAAAACCCUAGAAAAAUUUCCCCAAAGCUUUUCCCUGUAGCAGCUUCCAAACGCGCAGUAACUUUUGGGGGAAAUUUCACAACCAAAUCCAGAAAUUUCCCCUUCGAUAAUCAGGAUAUGGAUCUCAACAGGAGUUUGGUUGUCAAAUCCGCUGAAUCCCAAAGUGUUUCGACUUCAUCAAGCCUUCAAAGCUCGUUGUUUAAACUACUGCAUUUGGCAGUGUCACUGGGCAUCAUUCUAGCAAUAGAUAAGUUCUUGCAAAAGGCAUUUUCGGACGCAGCCAUCAAAUUCCCUAGUGCCCUGUUCGGAAUGUUCUGCAUAUUUACUAUUCUGGUGGUUCUUGAUUACACCGUCCCCCCCGCCGCCACCGCCGUGAUGAACUUCUUCCAGCCGGCGUUUCUGUUUAUUCAGAGGUGGCUUCCGAUCUUCUACGUACCCUCUCUAGUAGUUCUGCCUCUGUCUGUUAAAGACAUUCCAGCUUCCUCAGGACUAAAAAUCCUUUUCAUUACAGUCGGAGGAUGGCUGGCUUCAUGUUGUGUAGCAGGUUUUACAGCUAUAGCAGUUAGAAAGAUGGUGAAGACUGAAAUGAUUCCUGCUGAACCUAUGCCGAAGCCUUCUCCCUUUUCUAAGUUAGAAUUGGGGUUUUGGAUCGUUAUAUUCGUUGCUUCAUUCGUUUCGGCAGUGCUUUAUCCGACAAUAUUUGGAACGAACGCCAGGACAUGUUUACCAUUUCUCCUUGCAUCUACAGUAACAGGCUAUAUGGUUGGUUCGGGGUUGCCAUCACAAGUUAAGCAACUUUUCCAUCCGAUAAUUUGCUGUGCAUUGUCAGCCGAUCUUGCAGCAUUCGUUUAUGGAGUCGUUUCGAAAUCAGGGUUUGAUCCUGUUCUAGGUUACUAUCUUACAAAAGUUUCAUCAAAUCCCGGAGCUGGCGACAUUCUGAUGGGAUUUCUGGGGUCAGUUAUUCUCUCUUUCGCCUUCUCGAUGUUCCAGCAGAGAAAGCUCGUUAAACGACACGCCGCGGAGAUAUUCACCUCUGUCAUCAUCGCCACAUUGUUCUCGCUGUAUUCGACAGCCCUUGUUGGACGUCUCGUACAUCUUGAGCCAUCACUAACCAUAUCAAUUCUUCCCAGAUGCAUAACUGUCGCACUCGCUCUCAGCAUCAUAUCUUUCUUCGAAGGUGCCAAUGCAUCUGUUACAGCAGCAGUUGUCGUAGUGACUGGUCUCGUUGGGGCCAACUUUGCUCAGGCAACUCUCGACAAGUUAAGAUUCCGCGACCCUAUAGCUCGAGGAAUAGCUACUGCAUCAAGCGCACAUGGAUUGGGAACAGCUGCGCUAUCAGCAAAGGAACCCGAGGCUCUUCCAUUUUGUGCGAUUGCAUAUGCUGUGACCGGCAUUUUUGGCUCGGUGAUCUGCUCCGUUCCAGCUGUUAGACAAAGCUUGCUAGCCAUAGCUGGCUGAAACCAACUCUAAGUAAAUAAGGUCGCCUGUAGCUCAAACACCCUUAAAUAAGGACGCCGAAUGGUUAGAUGCAGAAUAUUAGAAGUAUAAGAGAUUAGCGAAUAUGUGUAUUAUGCAAUUUGCCCUAAUAAAUAUGGUACUAAAUGAA